GCACAAACAGAUAUGGAAGUGAGGAAGUUUGGGGGUCAAUUUUGCACGAGGCACAGUGAGGCACAACUGGUGGUGCCUGCAAAACCAACCCCGCAUGAAACCAAGAAGCUAUCAGACAUAGACGACCAAGAGGGCCUUCGAUUUCAGCUUCCUCUUGUGAUGUUCUUCCAUGGAAGGGAAUCAAAAUCGAAGGACGACCCUGCUUUGGUGAUCAAAGAGGCAAUAAGCGAAGCACUGGUGUAUUACUAUCCACUUGCAGGUAGACUUGGAGAAGUAGCGAACAGAAAGCUGGUGGUGGAGUGCAAUGGAGAGGGUGUGUUGUUCGUGGAAGCUGAAGCUGUUAUAUCGCUCAUGGAGCUUGGGGAUGAAAUUAUGCCACCAUGUCUUAUCUCAAUCACUUUCUUCUUCCCUUGCCUGCCUCUCAACACAUUCUUGGAUGCCCUCUCUUGUUCUUUCAGACCGAACAAGACUGAGACCAUCUCGGGUUGGACUGGAUCAGACAGGACUGGAAGAUUUUUGCACAGCCCUAAUCACGAAUACCACGAACCCACUUCUUCGCAGCCUGACCCACAAAACUUGGAUUCCCUUCCCGAUAACCAAACAGUCCAUGAAUCUUUCUUCUUUGGCCCCAAUCACAUUCUCUCGCUUCGAAAUCGUCUCCCUCGUCACCUUCGGAAUUGCUCCACCUUCGAGUUGCUGACUGCGUGUUUGUGGAAAUGCCGCACUGAAGCACUUGACCUGAAACCCAGCGAGAUUGUGUCUAUUUCACCUUUUAUCACAGCUCGAGGAAAACAAAGCCUAGACUUGCCUGAUGGGUAUUAUGGGAAUGCCUUUGCCUUCCCGACGGCGAUAUCAGAUGCUGGAUUGAUCUGCAACAACCCAAUGGGUUACGCGUUGGAGUUGAUCAGAGAGGCUAAAGCACAGAUGAACAAAGAGUACAUGAGCUCCGUGGCUGAUCUUAUGGUGCUCAAGGGGCGUCCUACGUAUAGAAGGAAUGGGAAUUAUCUUGUGGCUGAUUCGACUCGUGUGGGUUUUUACGAGGUGGACUUUGGGUGGGGAAAAGCAGUAUAUGGUGGACCUGCUGGAGCUAUACCAUAUGUUAGCUUCUAUGCUGCGUUCAAGAAUACGAGAGGACAGGAUGGCAUUGUGGUGCCCAUACUGCUGCCAAGGAAAGCCAUGAACAGGUUCCUUUCUCUGGUGGAGAAGAUCACGAGUGAGAACGCUAUGGAUGAUCAGUCUCAUGAAUAUGCUGAUGGUAUGGCGAAGGAAGUUAAAUCAAAGCUUUGA